AUGUAUGUUUUGUGUAUUUCGUCUCUCGACCUCAAACCGACGCUGAUUCUCAAUAUGUCAACUGGUGUGAUAAUGAAGGAUAAAGAUUACAGUAUCAAACGACCUAGCGUUGCAAAGGCCGUUCCAGUACAACAACGACCGAAGUGGAUCAGGAAGCGACGAUCAAAACUUAAGCCUGCCGCAAUUCAAGAAAAUCACCCAACCAGCAUUGGGAAUCCGCAAACUUUGGUAUCUGUGCCUUUGAUUGACUUAUCGGACUCCAUCGGCAGCUUUCCUUUGAUAGACUACAACAAAAACGGCGACAUCUCAAAGGCUGAGUCGCACGCGCAACUCAACCCCCUUUUAGAAAUGAUUCCUUUAUCUGAUUUCGGACUUGACCUAUUGGGACAAGAGCCGCUAUUUUUACUUAGCAAAGAUUCCAACUUCAACAUUCCCUUGGACAAAGAAAAGACUCCGCUCAGCAACCCCGUAUCUGAACAUGGCCAACAAGGCACAAAAGAAGCUUCUUCAACAUCCUCAGCACUGAUUCUGUAUGGUCCUCAAGAUUUAAAUAACCCCGACUUGGCUUCCCUCACCAGUACACAGCCCCUCAGUUCCACUAUUGAGUUUCUCGACCAGUCGAUCACCAUCCCAAAACCUACUGAUCAAGGUGACAUUGCUCGCGCACGAAUAUCUCUUCUCCCUCAAGCCCCCACAAACAACACCUCCACCGGUAUAUUGUCUCCCGCGUUAGUUGAAGAGGUCCCCGAGAAAUACCCUUUGUCUGACAAACCUCCCGUCUCAGAGACCGUACAACUUGAUUCAGUUUUCGUUUGGUCACAAGAUCCCGAAAACAACACUCCGGCUGGUAUCUUGCCUACUUCAUUUGCCAAAGAUUUCAUCGCAGAGACCAACCAAGCUGCUUCAAUAUCCGUUGGACCACAAGAUCCAAGAAACAACUUACCUAUUCACGAUACGGUAGAUCCCGAAAACGACACUCCCGCUGGUAUCUUGCAUAUUCCUUUGUCUGCUGAAGAUUCCGUCGUAGAGACCAAACAAGCUGCUUCAUACUUUGUUCGGCCACAAGAUCCCAGAAACAAUAUACCUACUCACGAUACAGUUCCAGUUUUAACUGAUCCAUCAUUGCCUGGAUUCAACCAAUUGUCUCAAUCUUCUUUGGAAUACCUUCCACCUAGUUCGACUGAUAGCAUUUUUUCCGCCCCCAAUAGCACGUCUGAAUUAUUGGACUCGGACACUCCCGCUGGUAUCUUGCUUCCUUCGUCUGCCAAAGAUUCCGUCGCAGAGACCAACCAAGCUGCUUCAGUAUCCGCACAAGGUCCCGAAAACAACACUUCAUCUGGGAUCUUGCCUCCUUCGCCAGACAAAGAUUCCGUUGAGACCGUACAACUUGCUUCAGAUACCAUUCAGCCACCAGAUCCCGAUACAUUGUCUCCCGCGGACACUCCGGCUGGUAUCUUGCCUCCUUUGUUUGCCGAAGAUUCCCUCGCAGAGACCGCCCAAGCUGCUUUAAUAUCCGUUGGACCACAAGAUCCAAGAAAUAACUUACCUAUUCACAAUACGGUAGAUCCCGAAAAUGACACUCCCGCUGGUAUCUUGCAUAUUCCUUCGUUUGCUGAAGAUUCCGUCGUAGAGACCAAACAAGCUGCUUCAUACUUUGUUCAGCCACAAGAUCCCAGAAACAAUAUACCUACUCACGAUACAGUUCCAGUUUUAACUGAUCCAUCAUCGCCUGGAUUCGACCAAUUGCCUCAAUCUUCUUUGGAAUACCUUCCACCUAGUUCGACUGAUAGCAUUUUUUCCGCCCCCGGUAGCACGUCUGAAUUAUUGGACUCGGCUUUGCCCAACCAAUUGCUAACGGUUGAAGUGGCUGCUCAGGGAGUAGGUGCACCUUUACCAUCACCAGAAAACCCUGUCAUCCCAGUCGCCACAGCUGCUGAGCCUGUACCGCAGUCUUCUGAAUCCAACAAAACUCUCAACGUUUCUAUUGAGCCAUCAUCAGCGAGCCAGCUCUUAAUGGAACCAUCCUCGAGAGACUCAGCGCCUUCCACCCCCGCUCCAAACCAAUCACUGGAAACAAAUCAUUUGAAAACGCCAUCCGUCGCGCUCCCCCAAGGCACAACACUCUCCACGACGGCUAACCCGCGAAACAUGACACCUCCACCUGUGAAAAUUGGCAAUAGAACCAAGAAACGCCUGAUCAUUGAAGACUCGGAUCAUGAUGAUGACAGACGGCCUGUAUCUCGAGGUGUAGAUGUAUCUCCCGCCGCAAUUGUACAUCCCACCACAAAUGCACCUCCCCCCGCAGCUAUACCAGCCUCUCUACCACCUGCUCCUGCCUGCAAUUCCAAUAGCGCCGCCGCAACUGACACUCGUCCAGACACAGCUGAUAGCGACACGGACGAUAUUUCUGAUUGGCCUGAUCCGGAAGGUAAGAUAACAGCAGCGCAGAUUAGACCCAAACUGAAAGAGAAUGGCGUUGAAUACAAGUCUGUGGACUCUAAGACGGUAUUGCUUGCAAAGUACAAACUCCUCUACGCCGAAAAGCGACAACCUGCCCAAGCUUCUCUUACUGCCGUUGGAAACCAGCCAUCUGUAGAAGCGCAAUCGACGGCUGCUGGUCUCCCACUCAAUGAAACUACCGAAGAUAUCCCUUUGAUUGACAUGGAUAAUUGCGGCACAAUUCCCAUACAACCACUCAAUCCUACCGCAGCUCAACCUACCGAGCUAGCACAAUCAACUUCUGUCAUCUCUGCUUCCAGACCCAAGCCCAUCAAAGACCCAGUUCCUACAUCCAGAGCCGAGUCCAUCGGAACCCCAGUUGCUUGUCCCAGACCCGAGCCCGUCCGACACCCAGUUUCUGCUUCCAGACCCGAGCCCGCCCAAAACCCAAUUUCUGCUUCCGGACCCGAGCCCGCCCGAGAGACAGUUUUGGCUUCCAGACCCAACCCCUUCCCCGACCAAGUUUCUAGCUGGGCCUCGGAUGUCUUGAUGUCGCACAGGGAUGACAAACAAGUUGCUAGCUCUCAGCCCACUCAGCCCAAUCUUGAAUCUAUUGUUUCUUCACUCCACUCGCUUGCGCAGACUUCAAUCCAAAUAGGAACCGCGUCGCUGAAUGCAAUGAGAACAAUUGCCAAAGGCUUCACCAGCCUUAACAGUACUAUUGCAGCCUUGCCUCUUGAAGGUGGUGCUAACACUCAGGCCCCACCUUCAUCAAGAAACCCUGCAACCCGUGUUUCUGGACGUUCUCGGUCUCAACCUAUAUCUGAUAAUAUGGACGUUGAUACCCCAACUACCCGUUCACAAGGGGGGGCACAAAAUUGUGAAAUUCAAGAAUAUGUGCGGCAACAUUGUGCCACGAUGUUUGGACGCUGUGCCGAGACAGGUGAUUUUCCCCCUCCUGCCACUGCAGAAGAGCGCCGCGCGUGGAUUAGACAAAGCCUUGCAGAUUCUUCAGAUGAAGAAUCAGAUGGGGAACCCGACCCCAUUCCCGAUUCUUCCGCCAUGGAUACGGACGAAGAUUUUGACCCCUGCUUCCCCUACCGUGAUGGGCCCGGGCAUUCUAGAGCAAGCCCGCAAGCCCUCAGUAUUAUAUGGCGUGCAAUGCGCAGAGCAGGCGUGAAAUCUUUCUGGCCAGAUCUUUCAAAAGCAAUAAGUAGUUCUGUGAAUCGGUUUCUUUGGGAUUUAGCUAGGAACACUUUUAUGCAAGUGGUCAGAAGUGGAGAAUAUGACCCAUUGACUGAGGAGCUUUGUGAUGAAGCCAAAAUCAAAGAAUACUUCAGAAUACACAUCCAGUGCCAGCUCAUGAGAACGUACCGUGAAAGGAAGGAAUUUUCACCCGAGGAAUUGGCUGCACGCCAAAAGAGAAAGCAAAAAAACACCCGCCUUGCAACAUUAAAACAAUGGCGUCUGGAGGAGGUAUUGUUGCAUCCAUCUUUAAUUGGAUUGGUUCCAAUCAUCGAACAAUGUUGCAGCGAUGACGAGACGGACGAUGAGGCAGAUCCAUCUCUUAUAUCCUCACAGGCGGCCUUCCAUCUCACCAGCAUGCCCAGUCAUUCGAAGUUGCGCAACUCGAAAAGCACAUCUCUUGUGGGAGGAACGAAACAGGCGUAUGGUAUCAACAACAACAACUCUGCAGCAAAAAGCCAAACUCCUCAACCAGAGGUUGUCAAUGACGAUGUUCUAGUGGAACCGUUCGCCACCCUUGCCCUUAGUCGUAACGCGCAGGAGUUGAACGGUGAAGACUCAGACAGCAAACCGAAUGUGACCCACAUGGAAAAUCUGCCCAGAUAUUUUGAUUGCACCCUAUUUCACAUUGAUUUCAUCAACAAGAAUCCAGCGACGUUACUUAUAAACUUGAAAACAAGUCUCUUUUAUGUGACCCAGCAGAUUUCUCUCGUUGCAUUGGCUUAUCUAUUAAAACUCAACCGUCAUCUGAUAGAGAUCGUUAGCACUCAUGGCUUGGACGAAUCAUCUCAACCGCGCGGCCUCAACUAUUCUGAACAAAGAACACUUGACUCGUUUCCCAAAGAUCCCACCACAGUGAUUCGGCAUCUAGCAAUUGAUCCAGAUCUCAGUUUCUUAGUCUGUUGUCCCCGAUGCUUUGCGAUGUAUCCCAUUCUAACGGCCCCCGAAAAAUGUGUUCACAGUGAAUUCCGGCAUCCCUCUCAACACACUAACAAAUUUAAAGAUCAGUUCAAAGACGAUGAAGAUACACAAAGUCAACCGUCAUCCAACGUGGACGAAGAUGAUCGUCAAGUCUGCGGUGCUGAUCUAUUUCACGAACGCCGAGGAGUUUGCCAGCCAAUCCGUUGCUUUGCAUUUCACAAACUUGACAGUUGGUUGGCCCGAUUGUUUUCCCGGGCUGGUAUUGAAGAUAUCUUAGAAGAGACUGCCAAAAAGUCCUGCUCGCCGUUCAACAACACCGCGGAAAUAUCCGAUAUCCAAGAAUCACGGAAAGGCUGGGAUGGCAAUUGGAUCCCUCGCUCUAACGGCAAAAUUAUUCUUGAUAAAGACGCCUUAUCAAGCAUUAAUCGACAGCUGAAGAAACUUCACAUACCAAGCUGGAUUGGUCGAGCGAUUCCAGCCCUUGGUAAGGCUUCUUUUGGAAGCCUGAAGGCAGACGAAUGGCGAAAUCUGUUUGCAAUCCAACUGCCACUUGUCCUGCCAGUGUUAUGGGAAGACGGUGAUCCGGCUAACCAAUUGUUACUCCAUAAUUUUGCACACCUGGUUUCACUCGUCAAUCUUGCGCUUAAACAAACAAUGAACAAGGAAAAGAUUGCUAAAUACCGCAACCACCUUCAAGAAUACAUGAAAAGCAGCUCGGUUCUUUUUCCAGAAUCGCCUGUGGCUCCAAAUCAUCACAUGGCUUUCCAUCUCUCCGAUUGCCUCGAAAAAUACGGACCUGCCCAUGCAUGGUGGUCUUUUUCUAUGGAGCGUCUGAUGGGUACUGUAUUGAAGACCACCACAAAUAAUUCAGUUGGACAAAUCAAGAUCACUUGCUUAACAAAUUUCUAUCGGAUUGGGAACCUCAGAGCUCUCCUAGACAGCCCCAGUCUCCCUGCGGAGUUGGUUCGCAAAGUUAAGUCGCUCUACAACCCUAUUCGUUGCACUCCUGAAACAGUUACCAAAAAUUGGAUCAAUCUGGACACGCGCCUCUUUGAGGAACUUAUAGCCCGGAUCAAUGAGUUAUUCCCCCUUGGCGAUCAAACGUGGCUUGCCUCAGACCAAUUGAGCAAAUCCAAAUCACGACAGAAGCUUGAUCCCUUGACAUUAAAGGUUUUGAAGAUUCCAAACGUUAUAAAGUAA